AUUCAACAAGAGUUUGAGGUAAUGAAUAAGAGGACUACUGGACAGAAAGCUGGCUUUUUUAAUCAAAAAAUAUACACCCAAUUCACAUGUGCCACCGACACUAACAACAUUCGAUUCGUUUUCGACGCCGUCACCGACAUUAUCAUUCGAGAUAACCUCCGCACGUGCGGGCUCUACUAA